GUCCUGUCCGUCUGACACUCCGUGACACAGCGCCGUCUUGGAGCUGGAUCGCCUGGGAUGGGCAGGUGACGAUGCCAGCCAUCUUUCACGUGCCGAUCGUCUCGUUGAAGACCGGAGCUGGUUGCCUCCAGGAGAUUGAGUUUGACAGCCCAACUUUGGACGAGCCCUCACCCUUUCACACGAACGGCGUUCUGAGUCUGUUUGGGCGCCUCCUGGAGGCCAAAAGAUCGACGCAGACAAUCGCUGACGACCCCUCCUGGGUCCACACCGAAGGCAAGUUGGGCAUCUGGAGGAGUGGAUCGCCUGGGUUCCAAGAACCGCCUCGUCCGCCUUCGCACUGCUUCGUCCUACGGGACGAGCAAACCUCCGAGCCCAUUGGCAAAGUGCAGUUUGACGACCUCUCCGAUACACCGGAAGUGUUCACGUGCUUGCUGGUGGAGGACGAGAAGUUGACGGGUCAGGAAGACUUCGACGUUGGCAGCGUUCGGAGCUUGGUCUGCUGCGUAGGGGAGAUGGUGACCAGACGUUGCAUCCGAAAGUACUGGAUCCUGGCGCUGAAGCCCUGCGGGCAACUCCCGCGGACUUAUCGACGGGUGGGCGUCGCCGUCGCGGCGCACCGCAAGAUCGACGGGACGAAAUGCAUAGGCCUCCCCAUGCACAAACUGGGUCGGCAGACUCGAAUCCGGCUGAUCUGA